AUGCCAUUCUCUCCAGAUUUGUCAGCACGCAAUUUUGCACUUGCUCAGCCGUUGUCCUCUUUUGCAGAAGCUGAGCUGGAAGCCAUUAAUGCUGAAGUAGAGGGUAUGCUUGUGGUUGUUGAAAAGGGACUUUGCAACACCUUGCUCUCUCUCGAUCAUGAUUCAAUAAAUGUCACGUUAGUAGACUAUACUCCACGUUGCAAAGAAGCAACAAACAUCUUGAACACGCCUCAUCAACAUCAGCAAGGUCCGCCACAUUCACUUUCUCCUGCAGAGGACGUCGGACCCUUGUUGCCAUUACAACCUUUGCUUCUAGAAUCAAGCAUUAGUUCUUUACAGGCAAUCCAGACCCCAUCUCAUUCAGAAUCACAGCUGUCUGAAGAUCAACCGAGAGAAGACAAGCAUAGAAGAGGGAGCCAUUCUAAGGAGCCACUUUCCUCCAGUACAGAUCUAAAUAGUGUUUCUUUGCAACUCAACACUACACCACCGGACGAUGAGGACGUCUUAUCAGAGAAUUCGGGAAUACCAACACUUAUAAUGGACACCAAGUCUACUCAUGUCAAUGAUUCAGUUAGUAACAGAGCAGGUAAGGGAGUCUACUUUACAAACAUAGACAAAAAUGAGUGCAUCCCGGUUAAGGUUUUAACAAAAGAUCCCAUUUCUUUGCAGCAAGUAGUCAAGGUGUAUGGACUAGAACGCCGUUAUUUCUGCCGUGUUUGUCAUGACCCGUUUGUUAAGCCUAUGACCACAAAGUGCGGACAUACCUUUUGCGCUGCAUGUAUCUACGCUUGCACGCUGUAUUGGCGACAGCACACGUGUCCAAUUUGCAUGGAGCAUUUGCCAUCGGUGCCCAAGAUAGAUGAUGUUAUAGAUGCAGUGGUUACCACUCGCCUGGAGUAUGACCUGUCUCUCGCCUUAAAGCAAGGCGACUUGGUCCAGGUGCUCACAACGAGUUCCCAUGUGUAUGCAUUUGAAGUUGGGUUUCUCCUUAGAGUCCAGGACGGAUACAUUAACGAGUCUCGACAGCAGGUGAUUCUCCCAUCAGACGCUCAGAGUACGACUCUGAAUCCCGGACCAAAAUUUACUCCAUCAGCAAUAGCAACUGUAGAUGUGGGAGGCAGGUUGUGGUUUGGCCGCCUCACAGAUCUCCUCCCAUUCAAUGCAGACUUGUAUCCAUUAGGCACUCGACCCACGCGAGGGUCUAUUGUUAUAGACUCUCGCAAACUCAAUCUAAAAUUAUUUGAUAAGCAGGCUACUAAGAACAAGAUAGAGUGUUUUUCUUUAGAGCGUACUUUAGAAAAAGCCAGGUUUAUACGAAGAUCUGAAGUCACCUCUACAUCCGCUGCAGCAUCAUCAGAAGACCAAGCACCUUUUGCGAAGAACGAGCUGUGCAUGUUUGCAAAUGAAAUAUACAACUAUGAACUAUGCAUGACUACCAACCACCUGGCAAGGGAUCCGCUUGCGUAUGCAGAUAAUUUUUUAACCAAGAUCUCCAGAGGUUCUCAGGAGAGAUAUGCAGAGCAUUUCGAAGAACUGCAGCAACUUCAGGUUGUUGUCACUGAUUUAGCAGAGGAGGCUAGGAAAAAUCUGGAUUUCGAUGAGAAUGAUUAUAUAUGCUCAUUGUCACAUGCAAAGUUCUUUUCACCGUCCGAAUUUCCUGACUAUUUCGAGCGCCCGGAAAGCUCUUCAAACUAUCGUCUUUUAAUGGCUGAAAAUGCUGCUACACGCUCUGUGGAGCUUCAGGGUCCUAACGGUCAAGAAAGGGUCACAAACAUCUGCCCGUACUUAUCAAUCGUCACCAAUUUGGCCUUUUGGAACAAGCUUCGCGACUUUUGCUGCGUAGGAUGCAAACAACUCCUCAGACUCCCGGUGAAGCUCAAGUGUGGUCACUUCUAUUGCUACAAUUGUGCCCUGGAUAGUUUGAAGAUGUCUUGGCCCUGCUUAGGAUGUGGUGUGCGUCUUUCCCUCUGUGAUUUGGAUCUCGACACUUCUUUUUCCUCUGCUUCACAUUGUCCCACGGAUGAGGCCACAGAUAACACGCUAUACCCAUUCGUAAGGACAUCUAGAUUUGUACCUAUAAAUAGCCCCUUAUUAGAUGCGAUAAAUUCACUGUUUCCCCUACACAAGGCUCUCCUAGAUAAGUGGCAACCUGUGCGCAUAAACUUGGCUGUCAAUACUAUAGGAAUGAUCUAUGACGAUCCUUCUUACAAUACUGUUAGAGUCCUGACAGAUCCAGACACUAUAGUUACAGUAUCUGUGGGAGAUCUUACUCCGCUUGAUCUUCGAGAAUUUAGACCAGCACUACGAGGUAAUUCAGGUGUGCUUUUGGCGAGUACGCUGUUCCAGAGCCAUAUAGGUGUAUACACUAGUCCAAACAUUUCAACUGGCAAAGACCUUACUGAUAAUUUGGAGCCACCUUGUGACUUCUUCGAUGAAUGCCCCAACAAUUUCUUUACUCAUGCAUUGGUCAAAAUAUUUAACAAGUCUCGAGCCAUGGUUCUUAUGCGGAAUGGACCAUUCUUCGCUCCUCUCCAAAACAUGACAAAUCCAUUUCUUAUCACGAGCAUCCGUCUUGUACCGGAUUUUUCCCGAAUCAUUACAUUAUUUAGCUAUCUUUUAAGGUAUAUUAAGGAGAUUAAGAUGAAAACAGAAAAAGAGUUGGUAACUAGGCAAUAUCGUGAGCGUUACAUGGAGGAGAACCACAUUGGUUUUGUGAAGGAUGAUCUUCAUGUUCAGCGACGACAAGCAGCAGAAGGUAUCUGCGCUAAUGCAUGGAAGGACUCCAAACCAAAUGCUCCACACAUCGAGAAGGUUAUAGAGCAUGAAGAUAACAAGAAAGUAAGAGCAUCAUCAAUAGUGCCGAGAUCACACACGAAAAAGCCGCUGCAGGCUUUUGAAAGACAACGCUACCAAGCCCAAAUAAAUAACGGUGCAAAGCUAGCCGUCCCAAUCAAGCCUUUGACCCAUCCAUUUAGUGUGCAUCUGAUUGAGCAUAAGGAUACUCUGCUUGCAAACACUGCAGCUAAGAAUAAACUGGCAGAGCUACGAAAGGAGGAGCAGCGAGUUAUCAAACUGAUGCGAAGCAAUCCGCAGAUGGAAGCCACUAUUUCAACAUUUGCCUCAGUGCUUAAGGUGCUUUUCAGAACAGGGGCUCGGGAUUUCCUCUGCAGUGCAUGCAGUCAGGUUGUGCGACAUCCUUGUCGCUUACGAUGCGGGCACUUAGUCUGCAGAUCAUGCGCAGUAACUUAUUAUGUGGGCCGCAUGGGGUGCCUUGUAUGUGACACUAACGUUCUGUCGGUUCACGAUCUAUUUCUCGAUAUCUCGUCCUUCCAGCAAACAGCUGCGUAUGUGCCUCGCUACUUACAUGGUGAACAAAUCGACAAGGGGAUGUUUGUGAUUCGCCCAGAGGUUCGCAAAAAUGGAAUGGGAAUAGUGCUGAGUACUCUGCAUCAUAUCGGUACUGAUUAUGCAGCGGUACGAUUUGUAGAAGGUACAAUCACGGUUCGCGUUUCAGAGCUGCAAACUGUUCUACCAAAGCAACAAAUGUCAAUCGCCUCGCUGCCAGGCUCUUCUCUUUCUUGUUUGUUCGCCUCACAAAUAGCGCUCAGAGACCAGCUUAUAGGCUCUGCCUGUGUUUAUUGGCCCCCGGAAGACCUUGAUUUAAUAGCAGAUCCUUUUUCUCCUCUUCGUAGAGGUCUAUUUGGGCUUAUUUGUGAUUAUGAUUCAAAGACUGUUACGGUUACCUUCGAAACAGGAGUAGAGACCAGAGUGCCUCCGAGCCAUCUUCUCUCGUUACAAUUGGUUGGACCAAUGCCGAAGUUUGAAAUACAACGAAGAUGGUGCUUAGCAGAGCUCAGGGCCAAAGAAGAGAAGGAGAGAUAUGAGCAAAAUCGCGCCAUAGAGAUGCAGAUCAUUGUUUCUCUGGAGCGGGACGACGUGCGCGACCUCGAACUGGCGAAGUCUGCGCGGCAGCUGGGACCUGGAGCAAGGAUUCCAUCGUGCCGCCCGGCAGACCUUGGGGACUACCAUCCUCCGGCCAUCUUCUUCAGCGGGGCGGUCUGCCGGGAGCAGCUUGCGCGGGUCCGGUGCAGGGCGGGAAAGUAA